AGGAGUUUGAACAUAGCAACAUUUAUCGAUGUUCAGAAGGAUCGUCGUCCUCGUGGAUCUGAUUUCAUUUUACAAGAUGUUGAUGUGGACGAUGAAGAACAGGAUGAGGAUGACUGGGACGACGAAGAAGACCGAGCUCUCGAACCAAACGAAAAGGAGGAAGCUGAAAAGUACAUGAAGCAGCUUGAUGCAGAGAGAAGACGUAACGAAAGAAACAAAUUUGCGAAUAUGAAUGAAGAUGAGAUUGGUCGAUAUUUCGAGAAUAAGUACAAAACACAACCAAUAAGAGACCUUGUUGAAGAAGAUUCUGCCAUCGACGAUAUAUCUCAACAUGGACUUUUGCCAUCAACAAAGGAUCCAAAUCUGUGGAUAGUGAAGUGUAGGAUGGGCGAAGAAAAGCUGGUUGCUUUGCAGCUAAUGCGCAAAUAUUUGGCUUUUGAGAACACAAAUGAGCCUUUGCUAAUCAAGUCCAUCGUCGUUAAAGAAGGUCUGAAAGGUAUAAUCUAUAUCGAAGCCUUCAAACAAUCGCAUGUCGCCAGCGCAAUUAAUGGCGUUUCCGCUUUGAACCAGUUCAACGUGACGAUGGUACCGAUCAAAGAAAUGGUAGAUACUCUGCGUGUUGUUAAAGAUGUUCCCGCUUUGAAAGUUAACUCAUACGUUCGGCUGAAACGCACCAUGUACAAAGAUGACCUUGCACAGGUGGAUUGGGUGGAUGUGGCUCAAAGUAAAGUGAACCUACGUAUUGUUCCUAGAAUCGAUUACACGAGGAUGAGAGGAGCUCUGCGAACUGAAGCGGAUCGUAACCAUAAGGUGAAACGUCGUCCUAUGCCUCGACUUUUCGACCUGGACAGAAUCAAGGAAAUCGGAGGAGAAGUUACGAAUGACGGCGACUUUGUUAUCUUCGAGGGGAACAGUUACAGGCGUGGUUUCCUUUAUAAAUCCUUCCCGAUGAAUGCAAUAAUUGCUGAAGGUGUUAAGCCGACCCUAGCCGAACUGGAACGCUUCCAAGACACUAGCGAAGAUCUAAAGAAAGAGUUAGAAUCCACAACUGUGAAAGACAACUCGCACUUCUUCGCACCUGGCGAUAAUGUGGAAGUAACUGAGGGAGAGCUGGUAAACCUCCGCGGUAAAGUUGUUAGCGUUGAUGGACCCAAGGUCGUUAUGCUACCUGAUCACGAAGAUUUGAAGGAGCCGCUUACUUUGAAUAUAUCGGAACUGCGGAAAUAUUUUCGACCUGGUGAUCAUGUCAAGAUGAUUUCUGGUCGCUAUGAAGGAGAUACUGGUCUCAUUGUGCGAGUAGAGCAUAAUCUCGUAGUUGUGUUGAGCGAUCUCAGCAUGGAUGAGCGCGACCUCGAGAUGUACAACUCUGUGCGGAUAUCACCACUGGAGUUCGAUUCUUUGGGGCAGUUCCAGUUUCAUGAUCUUGUUCAGCUUGACCAACAAAAUGUUGGCGUCAUCGUGCGUCUUGAGAAAGAAACAAUGGAGGUUCUUAACCAACACGGAAAGGUUCUCCGUGUGAAACCGCAGUCGAUUCAAGGGAAAAAAGACACUCGACAUUCGCAAGCUUUGGAUAGUCAACAAAAUCCGAUUCAAAGCAAGGACAUGGUCAAAAUCAUUGAUGGUCCUUUUGCG